AUGGAUAGGACAAAUCCAGGAAGUACUAUUCGUAUGAAGUUCACUGAUAAUGAGGUUCCUGGACAACCAUACAUAUUUCAGAGAAUAUACAUUUGUUUUGCUGCUUGCAAGUUCGGUUUCAAGGCUGGUUGUAGAAAAAUAAUAGGAGUGGAUGGUUGUUGGUUGAAGGGUCCAAUGUACGGAACUCAAUUGUUAUCUGCAGUUGGAAUUGAUGGUAACAAUAAUAUAUUUCCCAUUUCCCACGCCAUUGUUGAGAAAGAAAAUAAAAAGACAUGGACUUGGUUCUUGACUUAUUUGGCUAGCGAUUUGGAUAUACAUGAGGAUGAGGCUAGUUGGACCGUUAUGUCCGACAAAUUAAAAGGUCUCAUUGAAGCUUUUAAUGAUAUUUUACCAUAUGUUAGUCAUAGAUUUUGUGUGAGACACCUUCAUAACAACUUUAAAAGGGCAGGUUUUGGUAGCUUCUCAUUAAAAAAGGCACUCUGGGCUGCUACAAAGGCUACUAUUGUGCAACAAGCUAUUGUAUGCAUGAAUCAUAUGUUUGAGUUAGAUCCAAAUGUUGUUGCUUGGUGUAAUGAAAAAGAACCUAGUCAAUGGACAAUGGCUUAUUUCUCCUCAAAUGCUAAAUCAGACAUGUUGUUGAAUAACGUGUGUGAAGUAUACAAUAGCAUGAUACUUGAUGCUAGAGACAAAUCAAUUUUAACACUUUUGGAGAAAUUGAGAUAUCUACUCAUGGCUAGAGUGCUAGCUAACAGGGAGAAAGUAGAACAAUGGAAUCUAGGUGAUGUUUGUCCCAAGAUUAAAGAUAUAUUGCUUACAAAUCAAAAGGCAGACGGAGAAUAUAUUCCUAAAAAGUCAAUUCAAUGGAACUGUGAAAUUACAAGGGCUAGUAUCAUGGAUAAUUGGGCAGUGGACUUGGAUAAGAGAACAUGUAGUUGUAGAAAAUGGAGUCUCACUGGAAUCCCUUGCAAGCACGCAAUUGCAGCUAUUUGGUUUCUGCGCGAAUAUGGUGCUAUUUGGUGCAAUUUUUGUGUUGUUUUAGUGCGAAUAUGGUGCUGCUAUUUUGGUGCAAUUUUGGAGUCUGUUGUUGGAGCUUUUCUCGUGCAGUUUUGGAGUUGUUUUGAUGUUGUUACAGUUGUUGUUUUUGGUGCAGUUCUAGUGCUUUCUGGUGGUGGUGUUGAUGCAAGUUUAAUGCUGAUUUAG